AUGGAAUAAAAAUGGAGUUAAUCUAUAUAAGCAACUCUUUAAUACCUUCUUUUUAAAAAAUCUUUUAAAACUUAGAUAUUUACAAAUGAUUCCGAAAAUAAAGAGAAUUAAUAAGGUAAAAAAAAAGAAAAAAAUAAUGAAAAAGAAGAAGAAAUAAAAAAAAGCAAGUAAUCAAAAGAGUAAGAAAGCCAAUUGCCUGAUAUUAAUAAUUUAAUUACUGUCGAUGUAGGAGAAUGUCUUACUUUUUUUUGGAUUUUUUUAACAUUUAUAGUUGCAUUGUUAAGAUUAGCAAUGACUUUGAGUAUAUUAUAUUAUAAAGUUGGUAAUUUAAUGUUUUUGGGUCUAUACAUUAUUUUAGGUGCUUUUUUCUUAAAUUUGUUAAUUUCAACAUUUAGUAUGUAUUGCUAUGGAAAAGUAUAUGAAGCGAAAGAUGCACGAGUUUCUGUAAGCAAAGAUGUAAUUGAAGGAAUUAAAAGUAUUAAAUAUUUAUGUUGGGAAGAAAUUUUUUAGAAAAAAAUAUUUUAAUUAAGAGGAGUAGAAUUUAAAUUUAUUGUUUUCGCGAAAAUUCUAUAAGGUAUAUUUAAUAUUUUUUGGGGGUCUAUAAGUUAUAUAAUAUUAUGCAUUUUGCUAACAUAAUAUAAUAAUAAAGGAGACAAUAAAUUAUAAGAUUUUAAUGUAUUUACUAUUAUUGCGCUUUUCGGGUAAUUAACUUUUCCGUUAGCAAUUAUUCCCUGGGCUUUAGGAUUUUUUUUUAAAAUAAAAGUCUCUUAUGAUAGAAUUUAAAGAUAUUUGAAUUAAAGGGAAAUUAAUAUGAAUAAUAUAAUAACUUUUGAAAAUAAUAAUAAUAGAGUAAACUUUAAUUAUGAAAAUGAUUAAAAUUCUAUUUCUACUUAAUUUAACAAUUUAGUUGUUUUUUAAAAUACAUUGAAUAUUGUAAUUGGAUAAAUUGGUUGCGGAAAAAGUGCUUUAUUAAAUUGUAUUUUAAAUGAAAUGGAUUCAAAAAGCUAAAAAAGAAAAAAUGAUUAAUCUUCGCUUUUAUCUUUUUAAAAAAAUUAAGAUUAAGAAAAGCUAUAAAAUUUAAAUUAUAAAAUUUAAAUUAAUGGAACAUUAGCUUAUGUGUCUUAAAACCAUUGGCUUUAAGCUAAGACAAUAAAAGAAAAUAUUUUAUUUGGACAAUAUUUUGAUCAAGAUUGGUAUAAUUAAUGUGUUGAAGUAUGUGAUCUACAUAUUGAUUUUAGCUAUUUCACAAAAAAAGACGAAAAAAUACUAUCUUCGGGAGGAAAUAAUUUGAGUGGAGGUUAAAAAUAAAGAAUUUGUAUUUGUAGGGCUAUAUAUUCGAAUAGAGAUAUUUAUAUAUUUGAUGAUAUUUUUAGCAGCUUAGAUGCCCAUGUUGCUGAAAAAAUAUAUUAAAAAGCAAUAAUUGGAUUAUUAAUAAAAAAAUUAAAAAAAACUGUGAUUUUUGCUACUAGUCAUUACGGAAUUCUAAAAGAUAGGCAGUUCAUAAAUUAAAUUAUAUACAUUUAAAAUGCUUAAAUUGUUCAAAACUAAAAUUUGAUUGAAGAAUUUAUUACUAAUAGUAUUUAAAAUGAAAUAGAAAAAUAAUAAUAUGAAAAAUAAUAACAACAAAAAAUUAUCUAGGUAAAAGAUGAAGAUGAAAACUUUUAAAAUGAGGAAGAAAUAGAAUUAGGAGGAAUUAAAUGGUUGACAAUUAGGCAAUACUUAAAAUCAAUGAACUAUUUUAUAUUUUUCAUAUUUUUAAUAUCCUUUAUUGCAAGUUAAUCAAGUUAAAUGCUCAUUGAUUUUUGGCUUAAAGACUAUGUUUCUAAAGAAUAUCAUUCUUACUUUUUUAAAAAAUUGAAUGAGUUAUUUGAUAAUGAUUUCAGUAGAAUUUUUUUCUUUUUAAUUGGAUUAAAUUUGAUUUUUAAUUUAUUUAAUAGUUUGUUAUUUAUAGUAGUUAAUUUAAUAAGUAGUUUUAGAAUGUUUUAAAAAUUAAAUAAAAAAAUUAUUUUUAGCAAAAUGAGCUUUUUUGAUAUGAAUCCUUCUGGAAGAAUAAUUAAUAGAAUUUCAAGUGAUAUAUAAUAAAUAGAUGAUGGUAUCCCUUUCACAUUCAAUUAGUUUUUUUACCAAUUAAUUCUAGUUUCUAUUUAUCCUUUGGGUAUUUUAAUUAACUUUCCAUGGAUAGCUAUUCCUUUUGUUUUUUGUGUUUGUAUUAUGUAUUAUUUCUUUUAUCUUUUUAGAUUUUCAAACAGAGAAUUAAAAAGAUUAAGUUAGGUCAAUAAUGGAAAAUUAAUGACUAUAAUUAAUGAAAAUUGUAGCGGAUUAAUAAUUACAAGAUCUUUUAAUUAAUAAAAUUAUAUGAUGAAGGAUUAUCUUUAAAAAUUAGAAGAUUAUAUUAAUUCAACUUUGGUAACUAGAGCUAUGCAAUUAUGGCUUUUGGUGAGAGUUUUAAUUACUUCAAAUAUUAUUUAUAUAUUCGUUUGUGGAACAUGUCUAGUUAUUAUUUAUUUCGAUAUAAGUGUUGAUUAUAAUAUAAUUGCUAUGUGUUUGGCAUAUUCUAUACUGUUUUCUGGAGGAUUUUCUGAGCUACUUUACUUUUAGGCUUCUUUAGAGUAAAACCUUAUUAGUGCGGAAAGGAUAGUUUAAUAUUUUAAAAAUAAAACAGAAAAAGUAAAUGAAACCAAUUAAAAUAAUGAUAAUUUGAUUGAGGAAUUAAGUGAUGAAGAAAAACAAGAAAAUUAUAGUAUUAUAUUUAAAGAUUUAUAUAUUACUUAUGAUGAUAUUAUUAAUGUCGAAAAUUUUAAUAAAGAUUCAAAAGAUGUCCAUUUUGCUUUAAAAAAUAUCAAUUUAAAAAUAAAAAAAGGAGAAAAAAUAGCUUUUUGUGGGAGAACAGGUUCUGGUAAAACUUCUAUUCUGAAUAUAAUUUUCGGUCUUUAUCCGUUUUAAUUUGGAAAUGUUUUUAUUGAAAACAAAAACAUAAAACUUUUUUCAUUGAAAGAUCUAAGAUAAAAAAUGUCUAUUAUUCCCUAAUUUGGCUUCCUUUAUAAUAACACUUUAAAGGAUAAUUUAGACCCUAGUGGAUCUUUAUUAAAAGAAGAGAUUCAACAAAAAAUGGAUUCAACUAAUUUAAGGAUUAAUAGAUAAGAUUAAUAAAAGUAAAAUCAAGAAGAUAAUGAAUAAGUAGGUAAUGAUUUAAAUUUUGUUAUCGAAGAUGGAGGUAAGAAUUUAUCUAAUGGAUAAAAAUAAAUUAUUAAUUUUUUAAGAAUUGUUUUAAGAGAUACUGAUAUUAUAUGCUUAGAUGAGGCUACAUCAAAUAUGGAUCCUUAAACAGACUAAGAAAUACAUGAUUAACUAUUUAAACUAUCAGAAAAUAAAACUUUAAUUGUAAUAACACAUAGACUUGAAAAUAUUGAUAAAUUUGAUAGAAUCGUUGUUUUGGAUAAUGGGAAUAUUAUAGAAUGUGGUAACAUAAAAGAAUUAAGAUAAAUUAAUAAUGGAUUUUUUAAUAAAUAAUUAUAAUAAUAAAAUUGA